CUGGCGUUUUUCCGUUUCGGUGCCAGCGGUCAGGCGGCGGUGACAGUUCCAAAAUGAGCGAGGCGGCUGGGCUCCGGCAGCGCCGGCCCCCGCGGCCGCCGGUCGUCACGGACGACAGCCAGACCCCGGAGGCCCAGGAUGGCAGGAAACAAUCCAACCAAGCGCCUGCCACCAUUAACAAGGACCUGCUUCCCUCCAGUUUCCAACUUAUUUCUGACAUCCUUUGGAGCCAUCACCAGCAGUGCCUCCAAUCUCCUUUAGCGGCAGAGUUUUCCGAGUGACCUUUUUGAUGCUGGCUGUUUCCUUCACCGUUCCCCUGCUCGGAGCCAUGAUGCUGCUGGAUUCCCCCAUAGAUCCACAGCCUCUCAGCUUCAAAGAACCCCCUCUCUUGCAUGGUGUUCUGCAACCAAAUACGAAGUUACGACAGGCGGAAAGACUAUUUGAAAAUCAACUUGUUGGGCCAGAGUCCAUAACAAAUAUUGGGGAUGUGAUAUUUACUGGUACCGCAGAUGGCCGGGUCAUAAAAAUUGAAAACGGUGAAGUAGAUACCAUCGCCCGGUUUGGGUCGGGCCCAUGCAAAACCCGAGACGACGAGCCUACUUGUGGAAGACCCCUGGGCAUCCGGGUGGGGCCCAAUGGGACCCUUUUUGUGGUUGACGCAUACAAGGGACUAUUUGAAGUGAAUCCCUGGACACGUGAAGUGAAAUUGUUGCUGUCCUCCGACAUACCCAUCGAGGGGCGGAAAAUGUCCUUUGUGAACGACCUUACCAUAACUCGGGAUGGGAGGAAGAUUUAUUUUACAGAUUCCAGCAGCAAAUGGCAAAGACGAGAUUUUCUGCUUCUGGUUAUGGAGGGAACGGAUGAUGGGCGCCUGCUAGAGUACGAUACUGAGACCAAAGAAGUAAAGGUUUUACUGGACCAGUUGCGGUUUGCUAACGGAGUGCAGCUUUCUCCUGACGAGGACUUCGUCCUGGUGGCAGAGUUGACCAUGGCCAGGAUAAGGAGAGUCUACGUGUCUGGCCUGAUGAAGGGAGGGGUCGACCUGUUCGUGGAGAACCUGCCUGGAUUCCCAGACAACAUCCGGCCCAGCAGCUCCGGGGGUUACUGGGUCUGCAUGUCGAGCAUUCGCCCCAACCCUGGGUUUUCAAUGUUGGAUUUCUUAUCCGAGAGACCUUAUAUUAAAAGAAUGAUUUUUAAGCUGUUUAGUCAGGAGACGGUGAUGAAGUUUGUGCCACGGUAUAGCCUCGCCCUAGAACUCAGCAGCAGUGGCACCAUCCAGAGAAGUCUGCACGAUCCUGAUGGGCAGGUGGCCACCUACAUCAGCGAAGCGCACGAGCAUGACGGGUACCUCUACCUGGGCUCCUUCAGGUCCCCCUUCCUCUGCAGACUCAGCCUUCAGUCUCUUUAGCCACCCGAUGGCAGCCCUGAUCGUGGCUGUGCCAGGAGUUGGCACAUGGCACCACCUGGUCUAGGAGGCACCAUGGACACAGCCCUUUUCACUUGUAGCACUGUUCCUUGGAAGUGUGGUGUGACCCUGGGGAGGUAUGUGCCCCUGCAGGACAGACUCACCUGGGUUUGACUUUGCACUUAGAGGGAAGCAUAGCAUAUGCCAUUGGAAGAUAUGUUCAUGUAAAGCCAUUUUCUCUUAAAAAAUUCUAAGUACGGUAGUUCUCUAGGACUUGGGGGACAUCAUGCACUUUUGCAGGCCUCAGAGUUUUGAUGGAUAGAGCAGUAGAUGAGUUGUCCAGGCAUCUGGCUCUGUCCUGCCAGCCUCAGUAUCUUCAUUAUAAAACAGGUAAUGCCUGCUUAUGGGGAGGAGCAAAGGAAGGGCAUGGAGUGCUCAGUGCAGAAGUGCCUGUGCAAGCGCUGACCUCAGCACGACUUCUCCAGAGCUGAGCAGGGCACGGCCUCCACCCCUGGCCCUUUCCUCCCAUUGCUUCCACCCCCAACCUCCUCCAGCUCAUAACAGGGUUUUAAAAAAACUCCUGAGUCCUGUCAUAUACAGGCAGGGAUCUGAGUAAGUGCAUAGGAGAAGCAUGAUUUCAAAAGCUCCAAGAGGACUACCAGGGUUACUCUCUGAACAACCUACCACACGAAUGAAUGACCCAGCAGCUGGGUGAGUUUAGGGCAGUCCUAUUUACACACCUUUGUUCCUCACCUCUAGACCCACAGGUGUGAAUAGUACGGGUGUUAAUGUCAUAUUUGCUUCAGUGUCAAAAGCCCAAAGUUGCUCUAUGUCUACACACUGGUCAUAGUUUUGUCAGGGAGACCUCUGUAGUGAUGAUAAUUAAAUAAACGUUUAUGCUGAUUAACCGUU